UAAGGGGUUGACAAGGAAGCGGCCUUUGCAUGUUGCUGUACAUAUGUACAUGUUAUUUGUAAACGAGUUUUAGAAAAAACAUUUUAUUCCUGUUUCAAGAUCUAACAGUUAACGAUUUGAAAAUGGGAGGACUGUUCUCAAAAUCAAAGAAAAAAGAAUCAAGGGUGACAGAACAGGAUAAAGCUGUGCUGCAAUUAAAACAACAAAGGGAUAAGCUGAAACAGUAUCAGAAAAAAAUAACUGUGCAGCUUGAAAAGGACAGAAAUGUUGCUAAGCAGUUGCUAAAGGAUGGAAAAAAAGAGAGAGCAAAACUACUUUUGCGAAAGAAAAGAUUCCAAGAAGGUUUAAUAGAGAAGACUGACAACCAGCUAGAUAAUAUUGAUAAAAUGGUACAUGAUAUUGAAUUUGCUCAAAUUGAAACACAAGUCAUUGACGGACUAAAGCAGGGUAAUGACUCGUUGAAAAAGCUCCAUGAAAUUUUAUCCAUAGAAAAUGUUGAGAAAAUUAUGGAAGAAACACAAGAGGCAGUGCAGUACCAACAGGAAAUUGAUGACUUACUUGCUGGUGGCCUUUCUCAAGAGGAUGAAGACGAUGUUCUGGCAGAACUAGAAGAAAUAACAAAGGAAUCUUUACCAGAAGUGCCACAAGAGGAAGUACCAGCUAUGCCUGAAGUUCCAAAAGCAGACAUUGAAGAAGAAAAGGCGAUAUCCAAGGAAAAGAAAAGAGGAAAGGAAAUGUUAGCUUCAUGAGUUCAGCUGUAGAAAUUCAAGAAUUCAAAGCUUUAUGUGUUUUAUAGUCUCUCCUUCAAAGCAUAAGGGGUGGAUAUUGGUGUGAAAUACUACAUUAAUACAAUGUAGUUGAUCAUACUUUGGAUACUUAGUUCCCCAGUUACCCAGAGCAUCAGGUCUAUUAUGUGCUGGCUUUUUCAUUUUCAAAUCUCCACAUUUGCCUUUUUUCAUGAUAAAAAUUUUUAUUAGGGUAAAAAAAAAUUGACAUAUUACACCAUUAGAGUUACUGUAGGUGUUCUUCACUUUAUUUUUUAAACAAAUAAAUGAAGUUUUAAUGUUGAAAGCAUCAUAGAAAAAGGCAAAUAGUGGUAAUCAAUCACACACAAACAAAAAUGUAUUAUUACAAAAAAGGGGGGAUGCUUCCUAUAGUUUAAAAAUCGAUAAAGUCAGUUAAAAUAGAAUCCCAAGAUGGUUAAAAAGAUGAACAUUUGAUAAAAUGCCAGUUGGGGAAAGAAUAGGAAUCCAUAGUUUCCACACUGUUACAAAAGGACAGAAAUUAAGAAUCUAAUCCCCAUGGUUGCCGACUUUGUUUGGACCAGUUGUUUGACAUGUUAUAAAAAGUAGUUUAACUUGAAAACAAUGGAAAUCAAAACUGAAAAAUGUGUGGAGUGCUAUGUACUCAUUAUAUUAAUGUUGAGAGUUGGCAACCAUGCAGUACAUCUUAUGUAUACUAGUGUGCAAGUGGUGUAUUUAAAAUAUUGAGUGUAUGUAAAGGUCUGUGCAAUAUAGAAUAUAAGAAAAAUAGUUGAAACAUUAAUCAGUAUGAAAUAUUCAUCAAUACUUGGGUGCUAGGAUGUAUAUUCAGGUUAAAUUGAUAGAAAACUUUGUUUAACUAUAAGCAGCAGAAACAUGCUUGACAGUAUACAUUGUUAAUUUUGUUUAAUAUAGAAAUUCCCUCAAAACUAAAUAUGGAAUAUCUUUGCAGGAUAUUCCUUAGGACACUUCAGAAUUACCAGUUGUUGUUAUUCUAUCAUUUGAUAUAAAAGCAUAUGAUCUAUAUCAGAAACAGUAGAGGCUAGCUUCAGAGUACAUAGAGAAAUGACAUUUCAAAAUAUAUUGCUUUCCCAUUGUAUAUGUAUAAGACUUAAGUAUGGUUCAGGUGUAUUGCAUAAAACUUAUUAAAUAUACGUA